AUGGAUACCUCCGUUGCGCCUGUUAUUAAAGUUGACCUCGAUUCACCUCAAGCCUUUGCCAGAAAGACCGUCAUAGUCACUGGCGCGUCUUCUGGCAUAGGCCUUGAGAUCGCAGAGUUCUUCUAUGACCUUGGUUGCAAUGUUGUUUUCGUCGGUGGUCGCAAUCGUCCAGACACUUACGUGGGAUUGGAUUCAUCGCGCGCCUUGGCCUGCCAGUGCGACAUAAGCUCAUGGGACUCCCAGACCGAGGCAUUCGAAGCGGCCAUCAAGAAGUUCGGCCAUAUAGACGUGGUCUGCCUCAAUGCCGGGGUUGCCGAGCCACGCGGCCAGUUUUUCGAUCUCAAAGUUGACCACACAGGGAGGCCGUUGGCCCCUGACUUGAGAGUCUUAGAUGUGGAUCUGAAGGGAACGCUGUAUGGGGUCGCCCUGGGGUUCUACUACUUGAGGGACACUGGAGGGACUGUUAUCAUGGUCACCAGUCGGGCAGGUUAUGGAGGAAAUGAGAUAAUGCCGGCAUAUUCUGCGGCGAAGAACGGAGCCACAGGCCUACUCCGCUCCUUAGCCGGUUCCGCCAAAGAGAAAGGAAUCGCGCUCACCAUCGUUGCUCCACAUAUCACGUUCACUCCUGGAGUAUUUCUGCAGCAGUACAAGCGAGGAAAGGAGGCCUUUGAUCAGAUGCGUGCAAAACUACAAGCUGUGGGAGUCAAUCUCAGUUCUUCGCGCACAUGCGCAAUCGCUUGUGCUUAUCUGGUUCAGGGAGGGCUGGAGAUGUCGGGCGUGGGACUUCUUGUCGAGGAUGACGAGAUCUACAACCUCGAGCAGUCAAUCAAUGACAACUUGCCCGCCUGGUUCAAAGUGAAAGGCGAUACGAGAGCGGCACGAGACGAAUAUGCCAAGCAAAUGGAAAGGGACCAGGCCAAUGCACACGGAGACAGGCAUCGGGCCAAGCCUGAGUGGGCAAAAUCGCAUAGUGACCGAAACAUGUGA